UUGGUUGAGGAUUCUCAUUCGGCAUACCUAUAUGUUUUGAAUCAGUGGGUGUUACGUGAAGCUCAUUUAAAAACUGUGUUGCUGUUAUUCUGUAUUUUUUAUCUGUGAUGCGAUGCAAUUAUGGGGUACUUCGGAAAUGGAUUGAUGUUCCCAUUGACAAUUAUGUCAUUCUUAUUUUCAACAUUAUCAAGCAAUACAAUUAAUGAUCACAUAAUGAAUAAUAUUUCCGACUACGAAUUUCCAAACGACACCAUACCAAUAAAGACUUUAACCUCCGAUAACCAAAUAAGUACAAAUGUAGAAAGUAACAGUACAAAGUAUAUCAGAAACAUAUCAAAAAAGGAAUCGAAAAAUGUUACUUCACUGGAUGAUAUCGUACGCCAUUCCGCGGUAGAAAAAGUUUCUAGAAAAAAUAAACAGUUCUUCAUUGGAUUCACUCAGGGUAAACAACAUUUUCCGGAAGAAUUUCCUCGAGAAGAAAGCUGGCCAAGCGAAGAUCAUUUGUUGGACGAUCCAAAACAAAGAGAAAUCGAUGAUGCUGCCGAUUUGGGAUUGAGCAAUAUGAAAGAGUUGCUUGAGGUCAAAGAACCCUUGUGGUAUCGACUAGGCCUCACUUUGGAUAGGAAUGAGCCAUCCGUUCACGUUGCAAACUUUGGAAAGCCAUCUCAUAAGGCUUUGGGAUUAUCCCAUUUCGGUUAUGCUGCACAAGAAGCUACUCGGAAGAUAUCUACAAGUUAUCUGGAGAAUGUAAAAAAUGCUGCAUUCAAACGAGCCCUCCAAUCAAGACUUCUCCAAGAAGAAUGUCCGCUCAGAGGAAAGCCAAGAUGUACCCCUUCGUCCAAAUUCUUUCGCACCCCUGAUGGCACAUGCAACAAUGCUGCCCACCUAUGGUGGGGAGCUUCAUUAUUGCCAAUGGAGAGAUUUCUCCAACCCAAAUACGAGGACGGAAUUCAAGAAGUACGAAGAUCGAAAUCUGGAAACCAACUGCCUUCAGCAAGAGACAUCAGUGUGAGAAUACAUAGAGAUAGAAAUGUGGAGCUUCCUACCGUAACCCUCAUGUUCAUGCAAUGGGGACAAUUCAUUGACCAUGAUAUAGUGUCAACUGUCAAAACACGAAGCUUCAACGGAUCUAUUCCUAGGUGUUGUGAUAGAUCAGGACGAAGACCAUUGCCACCCGAAAUUUUGCACCCCUCCUGCCUGCCCAUUGAAGUAUCUAGCGAUGAUUGGUUACUAGGCAGAUUUGGUAUACAGUGCCUUGAAUUCACUAGAAGUGCACCUGCUACAAGAGUAGACUGCGACUUGGGAUGGAGAGAACAAAUGAAUCAGGCAACCUCUUAUUUAGAUGCUUCAACCAUAUAUGGAUCUGACUUGGAUACUGCAGAUGCUAUCAGAACCUUCCGAAAUGGUAAACUGCAAUAUGGGCGUCCCCUAGGAAAUGGCCCUCUGAAUCCACCCGAUCCUCCAGGAGGCGAGCUUUGCAGAUCGGGAGCACUUUCGACAGAUUGUUUUGAAGGUGGUGAUGGGAGAUUUGGUGAACAGUCUGGUCUGGUGGCACUACACACAGUUUGGAUCAGAUACCAUAACAAAGUAGCAACCACCUUAGGAAAAAUGAACAAGCAUUGGAGUGAUGAAAGAAUUUUCCAGGAAACCAGGAAGAUAGUGGGAGCAUUGAUACAACAUAUAACGUUCCGAGAAUUUCUGCCAAUUGUUGUAGGACCAGAAGUUAUGGAUUCUUUCGAGCUAAACCUGAAACGAAAAGGAUUUUAUAGUGGAUAUGAUGAAAGAGUGAAUCCAUCGAUCGCCAAUUCUUUUGGAACUGCAGCUUUUCGGUUUGGUCACAGCCUGGUUCAAAAUUCAUAUAUGAGAUUCGACACCCAGCAUAAACCACUGUUCAAUAAUGUCAGCUUACACCAGGAGCAAGAAAACAUCGAAAAUAUUUGGAGUUUAGGAUCAGUCGAUCGUUUACUGCUCGGUUUCGUGAACCAACCAUCUCAAAGGAGAGAUGAAUUUAUAUGCGAAGAACUAACGACAAACCUUUUCCGUUCACCCAACUCCCCUUUCGGUGUCGAUCUUGCUGCGAUCAACAUCCAAAGAGGAAGAGAUCACGGUCUUCCUUCCUACACGUCUUGGCGGAAACCAUGUGGACUGUCCGAAAUCAAGGAUUGGAACGAUUUACAGAAUGUUCUCAGUAUCGAAACAGCCCACAGACUCAGGCGUUUGUACGAGCAUAUUGACGAUAUCGAUUUGUUUACAGCUGGCCUAGCUGAAAAACCAGUGAGGGGAGGUAUCGUAGGUCCAACAUUCGCCUGUAUAAUAGCACAACAGUUUUCGAAUCUACGCCGAGGAGACAGGUUUUGGUACGAAAAUCCUGGUUUCCAUUCCUCGUUCACAAUCGAUCAAUUGAAUCAAAUAAGAAGAAUAACUCUUUCUGAAAUUCUCUGUCAAACAAUGAGCGAGUUUGAAACGGUUCAACCAUUCGUGUUUCUUUCUUCCGAUAACUUCAGAAAUGUUAGAAUAUCUUGUGAUAGCCAACUUAUGAAUAGGUUCGACCUAGAACCAUGGACUGAAGACCUAAUACCUGACUCAAAACUAAACGAAAACCAUAACACUGACCAAUUCGACAACGACUUACUACAGAAUAGAGACAUAAAAGACUUGUUUGAUUUCGGUGAUGACAUAAGAAAACAACGGGAUGUUUGGGAGGCAAGGAAACGUAAAAGAGUAACGACUACGAAAAAGCCAACCACUAAGAAAAGGCAGACAACGACGAGGACAACUUCCCGACCUGAUUUACAAAUACCAAUCACUAACGUAACAGUUCAUUCUCGACCUAUUGAGAAAUAUAAUAAUGGCUACUAUGACGAGAUUCCAAGCCAACAAUUUUUGCAAUAUAAACCACAACAAUACACGACGAGAAAAUACUACUCCAUAAGAGACAAAAAUGACUAUACUUACCUAUUUGGACGAGUUUCUUCAACCACACCCUUACCUAGAACCUCAACUCCGAGAAGGAGUCAGACUCCCCUGGAGGUCAAUAUCAAAAUACAAUACUACCCACCAAACCCUACAUCACCUCCAAAACGUAAACCACAGACAGUAUACGCAAGACCACAAAAUAGCAAUGGUUACGGUAACGGUUAUAGUAAUGCCAAUAUUAAAAAGCCACCAAGGCAAAGACCUUUUCAGACAAAUCAUAAUCAAUACUCUCAAGAACAUUACGACGAUAAUAUAGUCCUUGUAAAUAGACCAAAUAUAAGGCCAAUUCAAAACGUUGGGUAUAGUUUUAAAGGGGAGACUUAUGUACUACAACCUGUAAAAUUACAAAAUAAACCAAUUGACCACUCUAAUGACGAAAAUGACGAACAUACUGAAACUCUGGUAGGAUACUAUUACAAAAAACCUUCUAUUGAGAAAUUCCAAGCUACUUCUUAUAAACCAUCUAUAGACGUUGACUUUUAUGGUACUGACAAUGACGAUAUGUAUCAGACUGACGAUCAAGUAAAAUACGAUGACACAGGAAGUUACAACGAUGAUGAUGAUGAACCAACAUAUUAUGAAGACACAGAACUAGAAUAUAAAAAUAAAUAUGACAUCGACCGACUUGAUAAUACCAAACCAACUCACAAAGACAAUGAGCAUAUAGAAAGUAGUCCAUAUGCUAUAGCUUAUAUUGAAAGGUUGAAUACAAGAGAUAACCAUGAAAGAUUAGAUUUCCGAUCUAGACUUGUAUACAAAAAACGUUUCCGUAAACCAUUGAACGAAAAUAAGGACGAUGAAGAAGAUGAGGUAUCAUCCUUUGUUGAUGAGGAUGAAGAUAUUGAAUUAGAGGAACGUGAGGAAAAAAGUUUCAAAGAAGAAGAAAUAAUAACGAGAAAUAAAAAUAUCGAUGCUAUUGAAAACGAGAAAAUAAGAUUAGUCAAUGUCAACUUGAUUGAGCGGAAGAAACCGGAAAUGUCAAGAACAGAAUCAUUGUUAUCUUUAGAACAAAGUGCAACACGCUGGAAACCUUACAACAAAAGUGGAUCUUAUGAUGAAGAUGAAUUCGUUAUGCCAGAUUUGGGUCACAGUGGCCAUAUUUCCGAUGAAAUACCAAAAAAAAUUAUUGUAGAAAAAAUCAGAGGGAAUGGUUCUCUAUGAAAUAAUAUUUUUAUAUGAGUUUCAGGAAGAAUCAGAAGAAUGUUUUACUCUUUUUAUUGGCUACAAAAUCAAUGUUCAUUACUUCCAAGCUCUUCAUUUCUAGUGUUUCAUCCCUGUAACUAAGAGUUCGAUAAUCUUUUAAUAUUAAUUACUUAUACUAUCACUUUUGCCUUUCUAUUCUGCGUUAACUUCUAUGAUAGACCUCUUUCUUUUUCAUUGCUCAUACUUAAUAAUCAUAAUAUUAUUAUUUAAUAAUAUUUAAUAUUUAAUUUUAUAUUUAAUGAUAUUAUUAUUUAUUUGGCACUUGGCUAGUACCUUGACAACAGACAACAGUACCUUGGCAACAGAAAAUGACUGAAACAGACUGUAACUGCGGACAGAGAAAAAAAUUGAACUUUUUAUUGUAGAAUUUCCAUGAAACAAAUUCAAACUUACUCUCACAAAAUUUUUCUUCCUAUCACUGUAAAAGUGAAGAAACAAAUUUCAUCCUUAUUGAGGGUAUUACUCAGCUUUCUUAUUUUCCAAAGACGAUUUGCUUAACUUAUCAUCAAGGAUUUAAUUACAAUAGACAAAUGACAUAGAAAAUAUGACCUACAUAUGAUCCCUAUUGGAUGACUUGACAAACCAUGAAACAAGUUUUAUGGUUUUACUUUCGAUUUUUUCAAUCGGUUAACAGAACUGCACGACUAUUAAUUGAAUUAAUUGAUUAAACCGAAAUUCUAAUAAGCAUAUUCCUAGCUGACUUUAACUGAAACCUACCUUACUCCACUACAUUCAUAUAACAUUAGACUAUAAGGAAGAGACCACUUGACACAUACGACGUAAAUAUUUUAAUCUGACAAACUGACAAAUGGAAGCUAUUUUAAUAGUUCAACGCCAUGACUUUUUGUAACUGAAACAACUGAACAGUGGAAAUUUACUUAUAAUUGACCAACAAACACAGACCAGUAGACUAUAGGUUCUAGAUUUUAGGUUCACGACCAUGCAAUAAAGCACAUCUACUACUCUUAAUAUAUUUAUAGCAAUUUUUAAUCAAUUCUUUGAAAUGGUUAUGGAGUUUACGAUUCCUCAAUUUAACCAAACCCCUUAACCAAACGAUGAACGAAUGUAAAAUCUACUUUAAUUUAUAUAAUAAUUGAACCUCAACUGACUGACGAACUAGAUAAUUCAAAUAAUUAUACUGAUCAAAACACAAUACUUCUUCCAUUAUUCAAUCUAUCUCAUGUCAUGCUUUAUGGUUGCAAUAUUACUACUAAAUUCUAAUUAUGAUGUAGAAAAAUAAUCAUUUUGAUAUUAUUUAGUAAAAUUACGUUUUCAUUAUUGAAAUUAUUCUUUUUUUGUAUAUUCAACAAAAAGAAAUCCAGAGGAUUACAUAUUUUAUGAUGAACUAAACUACUACACUACAAAUACUAAGCGUGGAAUGGAAACCUUUUUUAUACCUAAUGCAAAGAAAGACAAGACUUACCAACAAUUCAACUAAGUUAAUUAUUUUACUACGCUUUCGAUAAUUUGUAAUUACCUAUUACGAUUGAACUUUUCAAUUUGGACUCAAAAAAUACAUAUAAAGUAAACAUGAUUCGAAAUGUUAUUAUCUCAUGACGGAUUGGCAUAACAAGGACUACGCUGCUUUGAAGCAUUAAAAAACAAACAGUUUUGAUUUUUUAAUUCAUCAGAAUUUAGUGUUAGUUCACAUUCAAGACCGUAGUUUGGACAACUUCGACAUUACUUUACUGACGUUUUCAACAGAAUAAAUAUCUGAACAAAACAUAAGAACUGUUCUUAUUUGAAUUUCGGACUCAUAUACCAAUUUGGACUACACGGAAAAUAACUUCAUUUGCACGAGACUUAUGAAACUUUGGCUUCUUCAGUUGAGUAUGAUAACCAAAGAUGACUUACAUACUGACGACCUGACGAGUAGAAUUUUUCAGUUUAUCUGAGAAUCUGAAAUUAACUACAAACGAUACGAUUAAAUUCAAUACCGAAAUUGAAGAUCUGAAAUCAAUAGAUCGAAGACCUAAAGAACAUCGUGAAUUACUAUCUUUCAGUUCAGGCAAAAAUCCACCUACGAAAGUUUUAUAUAGACCGAUACAGACUUGACCAGUACUGCAGGAAAAACUGACUAUGUACCUACAAUCGAUUUUUGAAAUUUCAUCUAAUAAUAAUUACUAAAAGAAAUCCUCUCUUGUCUGACAGGACGUUGAGCAAAAAAAUGUACUUUCUGUCAAGUAAAUAAUAAAGUUAUUGAAUGCAUCAAUUCGGUAAUUUGAUAAGAUCAUACACAGCACAGUUUUUCAGACAAUAGCUAUUAUUUAGGCCCAAACAUUUCAAUACAAUGACUUCGACUUUUUUUAUUCCAUUAUAUCAAACAUGGUUACAUAUUUUAUAAUACAGGCGUUUCCUCCGAUAACUUUAGCAAUUAUCAAUUCUUGAAUGAGCUGUACAUCUUCCUACUUCCUACUACGACAUCAUACCACUAUCGCAAACAAAAAUACAUAAACAGACAUCCAAACAUUAUUGUGGUAAUAUAAGACUUAUAAGAGAAUUCGAGCAUUAACUUACUGUGACAUUUAACUGAGAGGCACUUUCCUAUAAUUCAAUUCCAAAGAUAUAAAUUUUUAUCUCAUCCACAUUUUCGUUUUCUCCUUUUAUUUGAGUUACCUACAUUAUUUUACAUUUCAGAAUCAAAUAAAACAUUUCGAAUGAUUUUUCCUGAAUCAGUUUUAUUCUUCAUCAUAGUUAUUUAUUAUAAUACAUUAUUUAUAUGAAAUAAAUUUUAUAAUUUA